UAAAAUAAUGGAACCACAGAAUCCCAAUCCCAAUAAUACCAAGUUGCUGAUGCAGAAUCUUCUUUUCUUCCCAUAAAAAACCCAAUCCUGAAAUCCUCUGUUCCUUCUACUUCUAUACCACAUUCCCAUGGCUUCCAAUCCUCACUUUCUUCUCUUCCCUUUCAUGGCACAAGGCCACAUGAUCCCCAUGAUCGACCUCGCCAAGCUUCUCGCCUACCGUGGCGCCAUUGUCACCAUCUUCACCACCCCCCUCAAUGCCGCUCGCUACCACUCUGUUUUAGCUCGUGCCAUUGACUCUGGCUUGCAAAUCCAUGUCGCUGAACUCCCAUUUCCUUGCAACAUAGCCGGGCUGCCUGAAGGCUGCGAGAAUUUCGACUUGCUACCAUCAUUUCAUUCCGUCUCCACCUUCUUCAGAGCCACAUAUCUCCUUUACGACCCAUCGGAUGAACUGAUGCAGCAACUCUGCCCCCGACCUACCGCCAUUAUUUCUGAUGUCUGCCUUCCUUGGACUUUACGCCUUGCUCAGAAACACAAUAUUCCCAGGCUUGUUUUCUACAGUUUGAGUUGCUUCUAUUUUCUGUGUAUGCAGAGUUUAGAAACGAAGGAGACCCUUAUUCGUUUCAUCUCUGAUUCCCAAUUUGUAACUUUAGUCGAUCAAUUCAAAUUUCGCAAGGCGCAGCUACCGAAAUUCAUCAGUGAAGAUAUGGUGGCUUUUCUUAAGGAAAUAAACGAAGCUGAUAGGAUGUCAUACGGCGUAAUUUUAAAUACAUUUGAGGAGCUAGAGCAUAAGUAUCUUGCGGAGUAUAAGAAGACGAGAGAAUCUCCGGACAGAUUGUGGUGUGUUGGCCCUGUUUCGCUUUGUAACGACAACAAACUCGACAGAGCUGAAAGAGGAAACAGAGCAUCAAUUGAUGAACACGAAUGCACCAAAUGGCUAGACGAGCAGGACUCAUGUUCGGUGGUUUAUGUUUCAUUGGGAAGCUUGUGUAAUUUGGUGACGGCGCAACUCAUAGAGCUUGGAUUGGGGUUGGAGGCAGCAAACAAGCCAUUCAUUUGGGUCAUACGAAAAGGAAAUUUAACAGAGGAGUUACUGAAAUGGCUGGACGAGUAUGAUUUUGAGGGGAAGAUCAAAGGGAGAGGCGUUUUGAUUCGUGGGUGGGCGCCCCAAGUUUUGAUACUUUCACACUCUGCAAUUGGGUGUUUUUUGACGCACUGUGGUUGGAAUUCGAGCAUCGAAGGGAUAGCGGCAGGGGUUCCGAUGAUCACUUGGCCUCUUUUUGCAGAUCAAAUAUUCAACCAGACGUUGAUUGUGGAGAUUCUCAGAAUCGGCGUAGGUGUAGGGGUAGAAACGGGUGUGCACUGGGGAGAGGAAGAGGAGAAAGGGGUGGUGGUGAAGAGAGAAAAGGUGAGGGAAGCCAUUGAAAUGAUGUUGGAAGGAGAUAACAGAGAAGAGAUGAAGCAGAGAUGCAGAGAGCUGGCGAAGAUGGCAAAGAUGGCGGUAGAAGAAGGCGGCUCCUCCCACCGGAAUCUCACAUGCCUAAUUCAAGAUAAUCGAAAUUUGCUAAAAUUGAACACAAACUCAGAAGUUUAAAUUAUUUCAAAUUUAAUUAUCUGCUGUAGAUGUAUGCAUUUACAUUGCAUGAUGUGUUUUUUAUAUAGUUAUAAGCUCCUAACAAAUUCGACAAUGUGAUUCUAUAAUAUACAUACUGGUCCGAUCAA